GAACUUUUGCAAGAGUUGAUUAUACAUCGUCCAGAAGAUCCUUUGGAUUUUCUAAUUGGAUGUCUGGAUCAGCAUAACCGUAAUGUUCCAAAGGUGAUUGUACUCGGACCACCUUGUUCUGGGAAGCGAACCCUGUGCAGCGGUCUAAGCCAGCGGCUGCGCUGCGCACACCUCAUCCCGAAGCAGCUGCUCGAUAACAUCGAUGAUCAAUCUCUAAAGAUUAUCGUCGAUGAGUACGUGGCGAGUGGGACGGAUAUACCAGCAGAUAUCUGGGUACAGGUUCUUCGUACUAGGCUCCAGGAGUUCGACUGUAUUAAGAAAGGUUGGAUUCUAGAAGGCUUUCCUCAAACCAAACAGCAAGCUCGUGCUUUACAAAUUGCUGGCAUCAGUCCUGGACACUGUGCUAUUCUCAAUGCACCUGACUGGGUUCUACUUGACAGAGCUAAAGGCAAAUGCUGUGAUCCAGAAAGUAAAGAUGUAUACCACACUGUUUUCAAUAAGCCACUUGAUCUGAGCAUUGAAGACCGGUUGGUAAAGCCAUCCAGCAGUUCUGAAUUGGAAAUAAAAGCUAGAUUGCAGCAAUUUCAUCGGGAUAUACGAGAGGUGGCCAGCUGCUAUGAGGCCAUAGCAAAGACCAUCAGUGCUGAUCAGCCCGUUAAAGAGUUAUUUGCUGCGACACUGAAAUAUGUGAGGACAAGAAUGCCAACUGGUGCACCACACACUCCAAGAGUGAUUCUUUUAGGGCCUCCUGGAAGCGGAAAGCACACACAAGCUCAGUUACUGACAAAGAAAUACAACCUUGUAACUGUUGACUGCAAGAAGCUAAUUCAACAAGCCAUCGCUAUUGGAAACAAGGCUGGCUUAGGAGCAAAGGCUUUCGUAGACCGUGGCAUGAUGGUGUCCGUGGAGAUUAUGACAGACAUCCUGCAUGAACGGCUGAUGCGCCCAGACUGUGUAACAAGAGGUUGGGUGCUUUAUGGUUUCCCUUCUAACAGAGAACAGGCACAGGCCCUGGAUCAGGUUGGCUGUCCUCCAAACAGAGUGUUCUUCCUGGAAAUGCCAGAAGAAACUGCCUCUGAACGACUCUCAAUGAGGCGUGUGGAUCCACAGACAGGACACGCAUAUCACCUUGUCUUCAAUCCUCCUCCUGCAUGUAUUGCAGACAGACUAAAGCAGCACCCAAAAGACGAAAAGAAUGACGUCAGUAGGCAGCUUCAGCAUUAUUUAUCAGGCAGAGAGGAGUUAGCCGAAUGCUACCUGCAAGGACAGAUUGUUGAUGCUGACCAGCCUGCACAUACAGUGUUCGAAUGUAUAGAGAGUAUGAUGAUCAGGCCGUUGCCCAGGCAACUGUAGAGUAUCAACUUGACGUAAUAUUAUAGGUAUAAUAAUAAGUAAUAAAACGUCAUAAUAAGAGAAGUGGAUCGACGUCAUAAUGCAGUUUGACGACGGCUGGCGAGGAUCAGAAUUUACAACAUGGCUCAAGUUUAUUACAAUACUAGUUAUCUAAAAAUAUAUUAUAUAUUGAAAAGGUCUACUGUUAUAAAAGAUACUGUAUAUAAAUAAAUAAAUAUAUAUAUAUAGCAAUGGAAAGUAGAGUAGAGCCUUGGUGUUAAAUGUCUCUUAGCAUUGAAUCUCAAUGUGCCACUAGUAUGAUUACUAUUAUCAUAUGUGUGUGAUGCGUUCCUACACUUUAUCCUUUAAACAAACAAACCUAUCAAUGAUCGAUCUUAUUCGCUAUCAUAUUCAGAGUAGAGUUUAGCCUCUACUGGAAAAGGUGAAAAUUUGUUUUACUGCAGCUGACUUUUACAACUUAGUAUGUUUGAGUUCCAAGUUACCCAUUGGAUAUAAACAUUUAUUAUAUAAUACUGCUGCUAAACCUAUGUAAUUUUAACAUAUAU